AGCGCCACCAGCCGUCCGGUCGACGCACAGCAAAUCCGAUGGCUCUCGCUCUCUCCGGCUCCGCUGCUGCCCGCGCGCUCGCCCAGCUGCUAGCCCCGACCACCAGGGGCUACGCCGCGGCUGCCGCCUCCGGCGGCAUGAGGCGCGGCGCCGCGGACAGGAAGGCGGCUGGCGAGGCCGAGAAGGCCGCCACCGACGCGUCCUGGGUCCCCGACCCCGUCACCGGCCACUACCGCCCAGCCAACCGCGCCGCGGCCGUCGACCCCGCAGACCUCCGCGCUGCUCACCUCGGCCGCACCCACGCACGGGCUUGAUAAAGGCCCGCUCCACCCUUCUACUCCCUCGCGUGAUAAACCGCUGAUAAGUGACAGUAACAGGGGAGGUUGGAGGCUCGUCCGCGCUCCGCUACCGACGUCCCCGGACGUGCGCGCUCUCCACAAGAUCCAUCCUACGGGGGAGCCAGGAAAUAUGAAAGAAAGAGCGGCGGCGGCGGCAGCUUGCCUAUUUCCAGUUCGUGUGCGUGCGUGCGUGUGAUGUGGGCUGGAUCGAUGCCCUGUUUACUUAGUGUUCGUGUUACCCGAUCGAUGUUACUCCAUCCAACAGGGCUUGUACUCCUAUCCUAGCAAUAACGCAAGAAAUCACCAUUUUCUUGUUCUUUGAUA